AUGUCAGACUUACAGUUGCAGAUAUUGAAGUCAGUUAAUGAGCAUGAUGGGAUAGAAAGUACGUUGGAAGUCCCGGAAUUUGCAAAAAUCGAUGCUAAUACGCUCCACUCGAACUUGACGUCGCUCUGGGCGAAGGAAAUGAUCAAUUUCAAGAAAAUCGAGACGGACAAGUGGAUUUUGACCAAGGAAGCGGAGGAGUUUCUUGGGGCCGGUUCGCAUGAAAUGAGGUUGUUGGAAGAAGUGAUGAAGUCGCUCGAUGGGUUGAAGAUUUCGGACGUUAAUGCCAAAUUGGGGCAGGUUGGAAAGUUGGGCCAGGGUAAGGCGUUCAAGAACGGGUGGAUUGGAAAGAACGACGAUAAAUUGGUGUCUAAGGUGGACAAGUUGCCGGAAGACACUGCUGUGAGCCAGUUAAAGACUAUUAAGGAAACCGGUACGUUGGACGACAAGAAAGAGUUAACCGAGUUGAAGAAGAGAAAGUUGGUCACAUUGACCAAGAUUGUUGGUUUCAACGUCACCAAGGCUGCCAAGUUCGGGUUGGAGAUUGUGACGAUGGAAACCGAUAUCACCUCGGACAUGAUCACCAGUGGGAAGUGGAAGGAUGCGCAAUUCAAGCCAUACAACUUCAACUCUGAAGGGGUAUACCCACACUCUGGUGCGCUCCAUCCAUUGAUGAAGGUCAAGGAAGAAUUUAGACAGAUUUUCUUCUCAAUGGGUUUCACCGAAAUGCCAUCGAACCAAUAUGUCGAGACUGGGUUCUGGAACUUCGAUACGUUGUUCGUUCCUCAACAACACCCUGCUCGUGACUUGCAGGACACUUUCUACUUGAAAGAUCCAGUUAAGGCCGGUAAGCCUGACGACAUGGAAUACUGGGAAAAUAUUAGACAAGUGCAUGAAGAAGGUAAAUUCGGAUCCAUUGGUUACAGAUACCCAUGGAGAGAAGAAGAAUCGUUAAGAAUGGUCUUAAGAACUCACACCACUGCUAUUUCGGCCGCUAUGUUGCAUAAAUUAGCCAAAGAUCCAAAGCCAACAAGAUUAUUCUCCAUCGACAGAGUUUUCCGUAACGAAGCCGUCGAUGCCACCCAUUUGGCAGAAUUCCAUCAAGUCGAAGGUGUCAUGGCCGGUUACGACAUCACUUUAGGUGAUUUAAUUGGUUUCAUGGAAGACUUCUUUGCCAAGAUGGGUGUUAAUGGUUUAAGAUUUAAAGCUGCAUACAAUCCAUAUACCGAACCUUCAUUGGAAAUCUUCGCCUACCACAAGGGUUUGGGUAAAUGGGUUGAAAUUGGUAACUCGGGUAUGUUCAGACCAGAAAUGUUAGAACCAAUGGGCUUACCAAAGAAUUUGAGAGUUUUAGGUUGGGGUUUGUCUUUAGAGAGACCUACCAUGAUUAAGUACGGUGUUUCUAAUAUUAGGGAAUUAGUAGGUCAUAAGGUUUCCUUAGAUUUUGUCGAAACUAAUCCAGCUGCUAGAUUAGAUGAAGAUUUGGUUUAA